UAACAUUACACAUUUAACUAUUUAUUUUGUUCAGGCUGGGAACGGUGCAGAGGCGACCCACAUGAUUGGAAUUUUAAGAGAAUUUCGAGGUCUGUCGUGGUCGGCAGGUGGAGAUAAUACACUGGAGACCUCUAUCACAUUACCAAAUAUUUUGAAAAAGUUUAACCCACAAGUGAAGGGUUAUUCCACUGGUACCGAUCUCAAGACACGAGAUCUUUGGUUCAACGCUGCAAUAGCUGGUGCAAGAUCAAGUGAAAUACCAGGUCAAGCAUGGGAACUCAUCGGUCGAAUGAAGAACGACUCGAGAACAAACUUUGAAAACGAUUGGAAAGUGGUGACGAUUUUUAUCGGCAUUAAUGACUUGUGUGCGCUGGAUAGAGACCCUGUCGGUGCUUCGCCGGAAAGUUAUAUUAAAACGCUGGAGGAAGGGCUAGACAUUUUACACGCAGAGUUGCCAAGAACGCUAGUGAACCUCGUGGAAAUUUGGGACAUUCAUUUAUUACAGCAAGUGGCGCAUGGCUACGGGUCUACUCGUGCAUGUAGAUUGGCACAGGCCGCAGAAUGUAACUAUGUCUCGACAGCGAACGAUACUGAGAUAGAAGUUAUUAAAGCCGUCAAUGAUGAAUACCAGAGGUUGACUGAGGAAUUGAUCGCAACUGGAAAAUAUGACACUGAGAAUGAUUUCACUGUCGUUAUACAACCGUUUAUAAAAGACACUGUGCUACCGUGUACAGAGAACGGCGAGGUGGAUUCAACCUAUUUUGCAGUGGAUUGUUUUCAUUUUAGCACUAAAGCUCAGGCUCUGGCAGGAAUGAACUUGUGGAACAACAUGCUGGAACCCGUCGGAUCGAAAACGACCGUUUGGGGAAUUAAAGAUUUAAAAUGUCCAACGAAGGACAAUCCUUACAUUUACACGAACAGAAAUAGCAACCAACAAAGUUCCAAUGCCAUAAUAAAUAGAAAAGCAACAACAACUAAAAAGCCGGCAGUCACAUCACCAGCACAAACCGAUCCUACAGUAGUUUGCAAUGAAACUUGCUCUCAAGUCGUUCCGGACUGGGGCAUCGCUUUGCUCGUGGUCACCGGCGUAGCAUUGCUGCUUCAGAUGUUAGUGGUUAUUUGCAUUACGUCGAGAAAGCACUCGAAACCGAAAGCAGCCGAAGUUGUUUAUGAAAUCGCAUUGUAGCGGAGUCAAUAUUUUUCAACAUUUAGUCUCUUACUACCAGGAAUAAUGUAUGUCACUGUGGGGUAAGAUGGGAUACUGUUAGCACCCAAAGUACAUAACAUUUCCUGGUGGUGUUUUUAACAACUAACUAUUUAAAUAAAGGCUGCGGUUGUAUAAUUCUGUAAAUAUUCUAAAGAAUGAAAACAUGUCAUAUCUUACCCCACCUUGUACUACAAUACGAACUUUUUGGGACAGCUGAUAUAAAAACGUUAAUUUUAUUCCAACGUAUCGUAUGUCAUCAGAUAAAGUAUUGCCGAAUGUUUUUAAUUGGAAAAUGAUGACUAUAUAUCAAUUCUGCCAUGCGUUGUAUACACUAUUCGUUGCUGUGUUUACAGUAACAAAGCCGUGUCCAAAUUAAAAGUUUUUCAUGUCCAAUGAAUAUAAAUCCACCAGCCGAUUGAAUGGAACAGUAAAAGUGACUUCUAAUUCAAACAAUUAUCGCGCAGAGGACGUGCAAUUAGACCAUAGGUUGUUUUUGUUGCUUUGUUAAGCGGGCGGACACGCUAACAAAGAACUGUAACAAGUUGCAAAGAAAAUAGCUGCAAGCGAAUGGCUGGUCGUUUAACACUAAUCUGUAAAUCCUUUGUCGGGGCGACAGGUUUUACUUACGGGUACGAAACUAAACCAGCGUCGGUUGGUUUGCGAAAGUAUGCUAUAGACUGCCCUAAAGGUGGAAAUGGUUAUGCUCAGCGGGUAUGAGCCUCGUUAAAGCCGCAAAAAGACAGCGAGUAUGGUUCGAGUCAAUGAAAAACGAUGCCAAGGCGAAAACAGCGUCUCAGCAAAUUUGCUUUUUUAGCUGCAACCUGGUUUACGUGACUAAACGGUAUGGUCAUUACGUAUGACCGUGCAGAAUUCUCGCUUAAAUGUAGAUUUCGUUUAUAGCGAAAUUAGGUGUCGCCCGAAAAAGGCCAAGUAUGUAAAACAAGGAGAUUAAUGCAGCAAUUAACUAGAUAUUAAAAGACAGGUAUUGCAAUUUUAUUAUGUCAUGCUAUAAAACAAUGCAAUGGGAAAUUAACUGUGCGCUAAAACGUUGUCUUAAAGAGUGAACUGUUUUAGAAAUAUGUCUAUCACUUUUCGUUGUUUGUUUUUUUGCAUAAUCAUAGAUCGAAAAACUAGAUUUUAAUUAAUCCUUGAGUUACCCGAAAUGUUGGGCUGUCCUGCGGUGCCGUGUUUAUGGUAUCAAUCGCCACGGGCUUAAACACAUGAAUAAUACAUAACGCAGACUAUAUCAUGUUGAACCUAGACACAGUUGAUUGGGUUCGAAACUGCAGCCGAGCAAAACCACACUGCAACAACAUAUCUCGAACUUUUGCAGCAGAACCGUGACCACUGCGUACCAUAUAUCACGCGGUGUGGGCCUUGAGCGGCACACCUGGCAACGAAAUAAUGUUUGGUAAAAGCUAGAGAAGAGAGGGCUCUUAGAUCUCAAGAGAUGUCUUGUAAUUGCUUAAUUUUCUCUCCCACGUCGCGUUAAGUCAUUGUAACUGAGAUUUCCUGUUUUACUUUUCGAGUAGCUCAAGUUUAGAAUGUCAAGUAAUAUGAGAGCGAUUGAAGAGUAAAAUUAGUGGCGUGUUUAGGUGUCACCUAACACUGUAGUUGAUAUUACAAGUAAGCUUAUCUCUCAGUUUUCCUUUUCUAAUUGUGUCGUUGUCGUUGGCCGUGGUAGCGCAAUGGGAAAACAAUGACUGAUGCUCUAAACUGGUUCUGUGAGUCAAGUGAGGUGUGUGUAAGGUGCUUGCUUAUCUAAGACAUAAAAAGGUCACUCAAGAUCGAACAAUGUUAUCCUAAGCGUGAUAACAUGCAUUUUAAAGGUGAAUCUUGUUCUCAGAUAAGCAUUGGGUUAUAUAACGGUCGAAACCACGUUACUACUACAUAUUGUACUGCCAGUCGAGAGAACGAGAUACCGGUACUUAUAACAUAUAAAUAAAUAACGUAGAAUGGCUAUUUGUUACAGCUGGAUGGUCGCAUUAUCCAUCUGUCAUAUGUUAGCAUGUGCGUGAAAGUGGCCGGCUUAAAUUAGAAGUGCCGGAUAGCU